GAAAGCACAGCCGUCGCCUUGACGAGUCAUCGCUAGAGAGGAGCAACGCGGAGCACACGGAUCCGCUUGCGUGAUGGCUUGAAGACGCGUGAAUAACUGCGGAGCACAGCGGAUUUCUGGCACUACCGGAGCCCAGUGGAGCGAAUCUGACGCGGACUGGAUUUUGAUAUUGAUUACGACGGAGCAUCUCUGAGCCAGGCUGUUGCCUGUUGUGUUGCGGACCCGGACGCAGACAACACAGACACAGACAGAAAGUAGCACCGGAGCCGCCGCGACAACCAGCGAGCGAACUUGGCAUCUCUCCCCCUGUGGGAGGUGUCUGUCUGUCGGCUUUGGGUCGCUGCGCGUUCCGGUCCUCGCGUCUCUGCUUGGACGCUUAUUCAAAAGAAAAAAGGAAGAGGUUGCAGCUUAUUUAUGUUUUUGUAAUUUGCUCAUUUUUUUGCGUGUUUUUCGGCAACCAACUGUGGCUUUAAUGUGACGCACCAUACUGACAUUUGCGCUGUGUGUCGGAGCACUGCAGAGGAGUUAAAGGCUUGUUAAUCAAGUUUCUGCCUUCAUAUUUCUACUGUGCCGCUGCAUCACACACAGAUGUGAAAGUGACAAGGAUUUAAGCAGACCGAGCUGGGCCAGGCCAGGCUGGGCCAGGCCAGGCCUACCUAGCCGUCUGUCUGGCCUUACCAGACGGGCCAGCAACCUUUCCAGGAAAUCCCUCCAGAAGAGGAUUCCGCCUGGUCCUCCAGAGACCUAAAAACUCAAUUUGUAACAAAUUGGACUCCAAUUUUAUUUCGUCAUAUCAGCAUUCGGGAACCCUCCAGACCUUCCAUGUUGUCGUCGUGCCUCUCUGGUUGUUGGCAGCAGAAUGGAUUCGGGUGUUAAUUUGACGGUUGUCACGUCGUUGCAGUGCUUGCACCCCUCCUCCUUUGACUGCCUUUCGUCCUUUCCUUCCCCAGUCUUAAAGCAUAAGCCCCUUCCUCUCACCUGGGGCUUCCCAGAGCCCUGUACGGAAGGGCCUUUUAGGAACUGUAAGUUGUCUUGUUAAAAAAAAACAACUUGGCAUUGGACGCAGAGCUAAAAAGUCCUUGCUUUAAAAAAAAGAAAAACUGCAAAACUCAACAAAGGUUGCUGCACUUAGUCGGUUUAUUUUUUUUGGUCCAGUUUGGAGUUUUUCAGUCUAAAAAGGAGCCAUAACCAGAGUUUACAUUAUAGGUUGGUCUAACUACUCACCAAGUCCAAAUUUAUACAUACUUUUGUGUUCUGAGCCUUUUGGAAAAAUGUCGGAAAGCAGCAGCGAAGCAGUGACAUUCAUUGCCCCGCUCACCCCAACUUCCUCUGCCUCACCCUGUCCAUCACCCCAGACCCCCCACAAGAAUGUGAACGGCUCUGCCAGUUCAGACACGCACGUCGUAGAGAAGCUCGGCGGACAGCCCGAGGUCCGGCGUCGGCGGCACACAAUGGAUAGAGACUCUAAGACGGCCGAGCACCGCUUCUUCCGCCGGAGUGUCAUCUGUGACUCGAACGCCACAGCUUUGGACCUGCCCAGCAAAGCAGCCGUGCUGCUCACCUCCCCUCCAGACUGUGAAUCGAUUCCCAGCUUCUUGUCUCAGCAGCUGUCAUGGCCCAGAACUGGGGAAAGGGAUUCUGAAGAUGAGGGCUCCUCGAGGGGUUCCUAUUUGCAGAGCGCCUCCCUUCAACCUUUUCUUGGGCUCAGUGGAGCAGUUGUAGAAGGGAACGUUAAAAAUAAAGAGACAGAUUUUGGCGCAAGCACAGUUGCUGUUCCGGCUAGUAACGAAGAUGGUGCAAGCGGCACAUUGAAAGACCCCAGUCCGACAGUAUUGGAUGUUACAGACAAAGCCAUAGGCAAACCGCCCGACGUCACGUUGCGUGCCAGAGGGCUCGAGGAUCCGCAACAGGCGGCGAAAGAUGGAAAGGUCAUAGAUCGCGUGAAUGAGGGCGGCUCUCCGAGGGUACAAGGUAGUUCUCCGACCGAGGAGAAAGAAAGGGAGACGGAAGAGGAGAGGGGGUUGGCGAAAGCUCGGGCAGAUCAGAGGGAAGUCGAGAAGCGAGAGCAAGAGGAUAUAGAGGAGGUCGAGACGAAAGCGGUGGGGACUUCGCCAGAUGGACGCUUCUUGAAAUUUGACAUUGAGAUCGGAAGAGGGUCUUUUAAGACUGUGUACAAGGGACUGGAUACAGAGACGACGGUGGAAGUGGCUUGGUGCGAGCUACAGGAUCGCAAGCUGACCAAGUCCGAGCGCCAGCGGUUCAAAGAGGAGGCCGGGAUGUUAAAGGGUCUCCAGCAUCCUAACAUUGUUCGAUUCUAUGACUCAUGGGAGGGACCCUGCAAAGGAAAGAAAUGUAUUGUUCUCGUCACAGAGCUCAUGACAUCUGGGACGUUAAAAACCUACCUGAAGCGCUUCAAGGUGAUGAAAAUCAAGGUCCUGCGUUCGUGGUGCAGACAGAUCCUCAAAGGCCUCCACUUCCUCCACACCAGAGCUCCGCCCAUCAUCCACAGGGACCUGAAAUGUGACAACAUCUUCAUCACGGGGCCCACUGGCUCGGUGAAGAUAGGAGAUCUGGGCCUAGCCACGCUAAAGAGGGCCUCUUUUGCCAAGAGUGUCAUCGGCACCCCAGAAUUUAUGGCCCCAGAGAUGUAUGAAGAGAAGUACGAUGAAUCUGUAGACGUCUACGCCUUCGGGAUGUGCAUGCUGGAGAUGGCUACCUCAGAGUACCCCUACUCCGAAUGUCAAAACGCUGCCCAGAUCUACAGACGAGUUACCAGCGGAGUGAAGCCUGGCAGUUUUGACAAGGUAGCCAUUCCUGAGGUGAAGGAAAUUAUAGAGGGCUGCAUCAGGACAAACAAGGACGAGAGGUAUGCCAUCAAGAUCCUGUUGAACCAUGCGUUCUUCCAGGAGGACACAGGGGUCAGGGUCGAACUGGCAGAAGAGGACGAUGGGGAGAUGAUCGCUAUUAAAUUGUGGCUCAGGAUAGAAGACGUCAAGAAGCUCAAAGGCAAAUACAAAGACAACGAAGCCAUCGAGUUCUCCUUUGACCUGAUCAAGGAUGUCCCUGAAGAUGUGGCUCAGGAAAUGGUUGAGUCUGGCUAUGUUGCCGAGGGAGACCAUAAGACCAUGGCCAAGGCGAUCAAGGACCGCGUGUCUCUGAUCAGAAGGAAGAGAGAACAAAGGCAGCUGGUAAGAGAGGAACAGGAGAAGAGAAAACUGGAGGCUGAACAACACCUGCAGCAGCAGCAACAACAACAGCAGCAACAACAGCAGCAACAACAACAACAACAGCAACAGCAACAACAACAGCAACUUCAACAACAAGAGAGUCUUAAAACACACACACAGACAGAGACAGAGGACACCGAAGUGGAGCAACAGCAGCUUCACUACCAGCAGACCGGCAUCUCGCACACAUCCGAAGGAGGUGUGGACAGCGGCCAGGGUUCAUCGGUUUUCUCCUCGGACUCCCCCCACCUCGGUCAGCUGACCAUGUCGUACAGCUGCCCCCCUUCUUCCCAGCUCCCUUCCCAGCCCCAGCCCCAGUCCCUCUACCCCUCCACCCCCUCUGCUAACCCGCAGCAACACCCAGGUUAUGCCCAGCCGCCGCAGCCGAUGCAGCAUUCAGUGCAACACCCCUUCAGUGGAGGAUCGAGCACAGGAGGAGGAGGAGGAGGAGGGAGCAUCAAUCUCCCCACUCUCCCCGACCCCCCAACUAUUUUCUUCCCCUCCAUCCCCGAGCGCCCCAUUUCCUUCUCGCCUCCUCCCACUGCGCCUCCGAAAGCCUACAACACCCAGAGACGCAAGAGCACUUCCAUUCUCGAGGCUCACACCCGACACUUCCAGCCUGCUUACCCCCGCUAUGGGAGCAGCCUCCACCCCUUUUCUGGGAUGGAAAGUGUCGAGACUCCACCUCUGUUUAUGGUCAGUCCUAGUUUUGCAGCAGCUGCUCAAAGAUUUGGCGUUGGGGAACCCCUGCAUCUCCCAGGACAGUCCGACCCAAGUUUGUACGGCUAUAAAGACUUGAGAGCCGAGCAUGAGGAAGCAGUGAGGAGGUUAAGUCUAAAUCAAGCUGCCUUACUGGACCAUUAUGAAGCAAUGGCCUAUGGCCAUGGAGGAUACCCGAUGACUGCACACCAGCUUAGCCACUUGACUUUCCAUCAGCAGAGACAUGCAGCAGCUGCAGCUGCUAGUUUGGGUUUUGAUCCUGGUCCUCCAUCUCAACCAGGGUUCUUGCACCCACACAUCAUACAAAGAAUGAGUGCACAUAGCCCAUUGCCUCCGCCCUUACCCCCCAUGAGUGUGUCCACCGGUUGCCCUGUUUCGUCUUCAUCUUCUGAGGGAUGCUAUCCUCCACAGCACUGUUCUUCGUCCUCCUUCCCCAUUUCGGCACCUCCGGUCAUGGCUGACGGCCCACCGCCUACCGGAAGUGUCUUUGAGUUUCAUUUAGCAGCAGCCGCCGCAGCUGCAGCCGCCGCAGGAGACCCGAGCCUUCUGGCGUCCAGACUGUACCGAGCCCGAAGGAGCUCCAUGGACCUCCCUCUAGAGGACAACACCGGGACGGGAUCGGGCGGCUCAGGCACAUACAGCCGUCUCCAGCCGGUGACAGAAGAGCUGUACAGUUACAUCAGCCCUGAGCUCCCCUUACCUCCUGGAAGUCUCCUCCUUCAUCACGCCGGUUUAACCGUAAAGGACAGAAGCCCAGAGCCCUCCAGUGACUCUCUGACCUCCUCUGAUGCGGGAGAGUUUCAGUCACCGCCUCCCCCACCUCUUCUUGCGCCGUUUGACUCCUCAGCGGCUCAGUCCAUCCCUCGCACGUCCCCUGCCGCGCUCUACGAGUCAUCAGGCGGAGUGCUUCACAUAGAUCCCCAGGGUCAUCCGCCCUCGGUGCAGAACUUCCUCCCCCCAACCCUGUCCUCUGAGCAGCCGAUUGGGGGAGCGUCAUCAACUCAGCUGGAGUCUCUGAUGCAGAGUGCCUGGGCCCGGCACGGAGGCGUGGUACCAGCCCAGCCAGACAUGACAUACCAUGAGUCAUUACUGGCUAUGCAGGCCGCUAACCCCACGCUGCAGGUCCAGGUCCCCACCCCUCAGGUAACGCCCCCCGCCAGCGCCCAGCAACCUCCUCCUGGAACCUCCCAGCAGGUUGUGUCAUCUAGUCAAAGUAGCACAUCACUUCAGAGCCCCACACACACAACUCUCCCACAGGCAUCUGCACAGCCCGGUGUAACCCCGUCAAACCCUACCGUCCCCUUGGCGACCCUGCCGUCUCCAUCUAUUCCCGUUACCGUGCCGACAGCAGUCGUGGCCUCCCAUCCCUCUCCUCUGCCUAUCCCCGUUGGGGUGGCGCCUGCUAUUGUUUCCCUUCCUCCUCCAACUCCACCUCCUCCUCCUCCUCCUCCUUCUUCUCUUCCCGUGCCCACGCCUGUGCCUCAGCCCUUGGCCACCGUGGUGCCAAUCAUCAGUGUAGUCGCCGCUCCACCUGACCCUCCCGUGGAAGCCCUUCCCCAGUCGGCCUCACAGUCUUCAGAGCUGUCACAGUCCCAGCUGCAGCCGCCCCAAGGUCCUUUAUCUAUCGAGAGCGGCCACUCUGAGACCUCAGGUCUGAGUGACGGCAAUGAAGGAGCAGGAGGAGGAGGUGGAGGAGGAGGAGGAGGUCGUCACGAGGGACGCUCCACUAAGCGACAUCAGAGGCGUUCUGUACGGAGUCGAUCGCGCCAUGAGAAGACUUCUAAGGCCAAGCUCAAUGUUCUCAACAUAUCCAACCGCGGAGACAGGGUGGCAGAGUGUCAGCUGGAGACCCACAACAGGAAGAUGGUGACCUUUAGAUUUGACCUAGAUGGAGACAACCCAGAGGAGAUUGCCCAAAUCAUGGUCCAGAGUGAGUUUAUCCUGGAGAGCGAGAGGGAGUCAUUCAUUGAGCAGGUCAGAGAGGUGAUAGAGAACGCUGAUGAGAAGGGUCUGGAAAGAGACACAAACAGCCAGAUGGCAGGCAACACAGAACAGGAGAUUCCUGCGAUAUCUGCGCCCAUGCCGGGAAUCGCUCCCAGUGCAGCAGCACAAGUGGUCCAUUCAGCAGGCCGGAAGUUCAUUGUUAGUCCUGUACCUGAAGCAAGGCUGAAGGAGCAAAUGUUUCCCACUUCUCCUUCUGGCCCCACACUUUCUGUUGAAGCAGCUCCAUCUCAGAGUCCAGGCCAAGCUAUUGGGUUGUCCCAGUCUGCAGGAGCAAUCAGCUUACAGCAGGCCUUCACCGAACUCAGACAGAACCAAAAUCAGUUUGAUCCAGGACCCAGCACUGCCCCAGCCUCCAUCCACACCACCCAUCCUCCCCUGCUGCCUGCAGCAGCUUCUGUCCCUCCACCCAGCACAGUGGCUCCUCCUGUGGAUGCUACUGCCGGGCUUGUCCCUUCUAAUUUAAACCAGACGCAGGAGAAGGUCUUUGAUGGCUCUCUGCCGCCUCACUCCUCGUCCUCCGCCCCUUCCUCUGUUCCCUCCGUCUGUCUGAGUCCUCCUUGUUCUUCUUCUUCUCCUCCCGCUAUGAUGAAUCAGUCCAUCCUUCAGUCACAGGUACUUUCCCAACCAGUGAUGCAGCCAGUGUCGCAAGUCCAGGGUCAAGCUCAAAUUCAGCCCCAGGCUUUCACUCAGUCUCCAUCCCAGACACUUUCGGCUGUCGUUGCUACUUCAGUACCUUCCACUUUACCAACAGCCAGCAUCUCUGGCUUCCCCCCAACCAUGCUCACCUCCCCUCCUGCCAAGAAUGUCCCCUUUGUAUCCUCCCCUCCCUCUUCCACUCUUAAAGCAAGUGAAUUCUCCUCAGAUCAUCCGUCAAUCGCUUCUGCUUCCUCGUCCUCUCCUUCCCUCUCCUCCACCGUCAUCCCCACCACUGCUAUCCCGGGUCCACAGCUUGUUCCGUCGACCACCUCCCUCCCCAGUCCUGCUCCCUCCUCUUCUUCCUCCUCCUCCUUGGCAGGGCUCCAGCCGGUGACCACAAAUAUUCCUUCAGUCCAACCAACUUCUGUCCACUCCCAGCCUCAGACAACAUCUGUACCUGGGCAGACGCACACACAUUGUGGUGACUGUGAUGUAAGGUGUGAGGCCUCCUCUGAGUCCCUAACCAAACCAGACGACAUCCAAACUCUGGACAAGAAGCUGCGGUCUCUCUUUAUGGACGCUGGUGGUCCCUUGGUGGGAGACAUCUCAGCUGCUGACCCAGCCUCUGGACCUUCUGUGGCAAGUACCUCAUCUUCAAUAGGCCCCGGCCCUACCUCCACCACAUCUGCCACAACACCUGGCUCCAGCCAGCCAUCCAAUCCUCCUCAGCCCCCCUCCAGCCUGGCGCUGGGGUCGUCACCUGUGCCAAUCCAGGGUCUGGGGACUCCAAUCUCCACCCCUGUGCAGACUGUCAUCCUGGCCUCACCUUUAGGCCAGACCACUCCAUCCAAAACUCCCUUAUCCAGGGUAUCGGCCUCUUCUCCUUCAGAGCUCCUGCCAUCCUUCCCUGGACCUUGUCUAAUACAGUCCCAGCAGCCUCUGGAGGACCUGGAUGCUCAGCUGAGGAGAGCACUGAGCCCAGAGACCGUCCCUGUGGGCUCACACACACCGGUUUCUCACAGUACCGUGCCUUCAAUGGGACAACCUAUGCCCUUCCCCUUGGAGGAAAACGCCUCUCCUGCUGCUCCUGUACUUCAGUUGGGAAGAUUUAAGGUGACUAAGGAGGAAGAGCCUGCCAUCAAGCCCCCAUCCUGCACUGAAUCUUCCUCCACAACCUCCUCCACUUCAUCCUCCUCCUCAUCAUCCUCCAGCCUCUCCAGCCCGGAGAACACUUUGCACAAAGACUCCUCAUCUCCUCUGAGGGCGACAGGAGACGUUGUGGAUGGACCCCCUCAGAGGACUCCUGCAGGAUCUCACCACCCCUCUCCUUUCACCUCUCCUUGCCCCUCACCCAACCCCACCAAAUCUAUUGGACGCUUCCAGGUUACCACCAACCCUGAGGCCCGCGUUGGUAGGUUCUCAGUCAGUCGUGCCCAGGAGCAGAGCAUCGAACCCAGACAGAGUCCUCCGCCUGCUGCCCAGGCUUCUAACGGACCCAGUGACCCUGGCCAAAUUCUGACCCCCGACUCCACUCAUAAAGCCUCCCUGCCUAGUCUGAACAACAACUCCUUCAAUAACUCCUACAUUAGCAGCGACAACGACUCCGAAUUUGAGGAUGAAGACUUCAAACGAGAAGUCAACCGCCUCAGAGAAAAGCACAUGCGUGAGAUUCAGGCCCUCCAUUCUCGCCAGAAGGAGGAAAUAGACAGUCUGUUCACCAGGCUCGGAAAGGUUCCUCCAGCUGCCGUCAUUCCUCCAGUUCUAGCCUUGACUGGCAGAAGGAGACGACCAACCAAAAGCAAGUCAUCCAAAUCGUCCAGAACCAGCUCCACACACGGCAGCAAGAGUCCGUUACAGCAAGGCAGCACUUUAUCCGCGCAGAGCAUCCCGACUAUGUACCCCGGCCAGCUGGCUCUGUUAGCCCCAGGAGGAUUGGCCGAUUCGGCCAGCAACACUUUGCUCCAGCCCCUCAAACCCUCCCCCUCCAGCGACAACCUGUGUUCAGCCUACACCAGCGACGCGGCACUCUCUGUGCCCAGCCUGUGCGCUCCCACUCCAGGCUGUGUAAAGUUCAGCUGGGGUUCGGAGCGUUUGGCCUUCAAGCCUGGCGGCAGGAGGACGCGCUUUCUGAGUACGCCCUGCUUGGCUCUUUGGAAGAUGGUGAAAAAAGUCUGCCCCUGCAACCAGCUCUGUAGGACUAACAGCACCAACGCCGUGAGUGGUUCAGGCGGUCUGGGUCAAAGCCAAGGGGGUUCUCAGUGUCUGCCGCCCAACAUGUCCGCCCCCCACCAGAGGAAAGGAACCUUCACCGACGACCUCCAUAAACUGGUGGACAACUGGGCCAGAGACGCCAUGAACCUCUCACAGGGUAAGAGGAGUGCCAAACAGCUGCAGCAGGCUCCAGCACAGGGACACAGCUACGAGGUUAUCCAGUCAGCCAGUCUGGGCCGGAAGUACUCAGCUCCCAGUCAGCUGUGUCCCAGCAGCAUAGGUGGUUCAGCCCACCUCCCUACAAACCCCACCACUGCUACCUCUCUGGCCGCCCGCAAGGGCUCCUUAUGCCACCCUCCUGCCUCCUCCACUCCGCCUCAACCCCAAGUCCCCCAGUUCAUCCACUACACCCCCACUGCUGCCUACAGCGCACAAUGGUCCGGCCCGGCCCACGGCCUGUCAGCCCAACACCCGGCCCCGACGCCGACGCCUCUUCUGGUCAGCACCUCUCAGCCCCUGGGCCCCUACCCCACCACGCAGGGCCAGAUUCCCGGACAGGGGCCUCUGCAGGCUUUCCAUCUGACCAACAAUCUGCAGAAAUCAGUCAGCAACCCAGGAGGACCCAACUUGAGGACCACGUAGGGCCGGUAGCGAGGGCUGGUUUGAAUCACGGCCCGACCGGACUGUUUAAGAGUGGAGUGUUUUGGGCUGGAUUGUUUGGAGGGAAAAGGAAGGAGCGUGGAGUGUGUGUGGCGGGGGGGGAACAAAAAAAAAAAAAAAAAGAAAUUCCAUCCAGCCAUCUCCACUCUCCUCUGCUUCCAUCCAUGUGCGAUCUUGCUGUUGGCCGCGGGGCUUGUGACGGUCAGCCAAAUGAUCAAGGAGGAACGAAAAAGACUCACGAGUGCAAUGUUAAUAGGCCAAAGAGGUCCCGACAGGGUAUGGGAUUGUGUGACUGUUUGUGUGCGCUGCGUGGGUCCUUCUGGCUGGGUCACACUUGUUCCAUUUCACGCUCUAAAUUGAAUGAACAAGUCGGUACAUGGCGCGACAGCGGUUGACGGGGAAGAGGUUUCACCACCGGGCUGAGGAGGACUUGAGUUAUUGGCAGAGGUUUCAGCGGGAAGAGCUGCUCGUUGCCUCUGCUGUGUAGUCUCUGUCACAGUGUUGUCACUGCGAGGCUCAGACCAAAUAGAAACGCGCAACAGUUGCAGCUCUUUCCUCUGAAUUUAAAACCGCCGGGGAUGAGCACGGCCGGCCUUUACAUUACAGUCGUCUUGCUUCGUCGGCGUCCUCAAACCCUCUACUUAAUGAUUACAAGGAAAGAUGUUAAUAAUGGCAGCACAUAGAGGCGUAGCGGUUCAGGAAGUUGGGAAAACCUCUCUUAAACAUUAAAAGCACAAAGAAUACCAAGAACAAAAAAAAAGCAUUUUUGAGAAAAGAUGUAGCCCAGCACUUGAGGAAAAGUAACGGUUUGACGAACUAUCCAAACAGACAGAGAGAGAUGGAGGGAAAGGAAGUUGAUGAAGGGGAGCGGAGAGGUCAUCUGUUUACGGUUACAGCGUGCGUUAACGAACACGCGAGCGCUGAACCCAUCGAACGCCCUCUUCCUCCAUCCCUCUCUGUUGCCACGUGAAGCAAUAACAGCAGAAACCUUUUAGAGGACGAGAAGAAAAAAAAAAAGCCCAAACACAAGAGAACUCAGCGUGAAAAAAAAGUGGCCUUGUUAUCAGAAUAACAUCCUUGUACAGUUUGCGUCUGUUCAUUUUUUUUUUUUUUUUUAGAAUGUCAGCUAUGAUGAUGAUGAUUCCAUUUCGUUGUUUAUUUUGUUUUGCUCGCCCCCCCCCUCCCGCCCCAGCCCCAGCUAGCAACCUGACACUCUCAUCCACACACAGUGCAUGAAACAUAUUUGCAUACAGAGUUGUGUAAAUACACUCAUCCUCGGAGGUGCAGUGACCGACUUCAACUCACCGACUACGCCUCAGUUUCCGAGUGUCAUAAUUCGUCGUUUGGGGUUUGAAAUGAUCGCAAAUGUACAUUAUUAUCAUAAUUAUUGUUGUUGAUGAUUAUUAUUCUAUUUAAAAAAAAAAAAAAAAACUUCAGAAAAAAAAGAAACAAAAAACGUGUUCUGUCAAUGGACCUGUUAUACGUGCACAUCGGUGUACGAUGUGGAGACACUGUGAUUACUGUUGUUUGUUAUUAGCAAAUGUUGUUGGACAACAUUAGUUUUAGGGUGAAAUGUCGCAAAUUCAAAAAAGAAAAGAAAAAAAACAACAAAACCUGAAGCAUACAGAGAAUACUUCGGGGUCCUUUCACUUUCAAUUCACUGCUUUCCCGCAAAUGGAUUUCAAUGAUCAAAAUGUGAAAAACUGUAGACCCCUCCUUUCAAUAAGCGUCCUUCCAUCCACUUAAGGACAAGUAAACCAAUGCCUUACCGACAACUAAUCAACCGCAGUCUCACUCCACCUUUUACGAGUGAUUGAAUUGAAAGUCGAAACCGACCUGAGUAUGAAAAGACAAACUGGGAGUGAACGGCAGGAUAGUUCAAUAUUUAGAUAAUAAAGUAAAGCUAGCUAUUUUGUUUUUCUUUUCUUAAAACAGUACUUAUAUAUCAGACACUUUAAAUAUUCCCUUACUUCCCUGGUUUUGUUAGAUGAAUGUGAAUGUAUAAACCAAUGGUGUCCAUUUUGGUGUACUUGAAAAAAAAAAGGAAACUUUUUAAUUUUGCUGUCUUUGCUUCUCCUGACCCCCCCGCCUCCCUCCCCUCCUUCUAGAGCCUCCAGGUCGAACACUGGAGGCGCUUUACUAGUGCCUUGCAUCCUUCCUGUUGCUUCUUCGUCGGGUUACAUUUGACAGUGGAAAAUAUUAAGUGGGUGGUGACGGCUGGUUAGCGUGGUUGGUUUAGCCGCAGAGGCCUGCGGUAAUAAUGGCGUGCGUGUGUGCAAGAGUUGGAUUGAGGUUAAUUCUCUUGAGUGAGUUUUCUGCUGUGUUUUUUUUUUUUUUUUUUUUUCUGGAUAGAAAACAAAAAAACACAUACAAUAGGAAAAACUGAAGAUGAAUUAACCGAGGAGAUUGGAGAAGGCCACCAUUUGACGUCAGUGUUGUUUCUAUUGCUGUAUUUUAUUUUAUUAUUAUUAUUAUUAUUUUCAGUUUUAUGGAGGGAGUUAUAGAAGAUUGUAUUUGAAGCUUGGACCACUCUGUACUUAUUCUGAACCGGGUGCAGCAUACAGUCAGGAGACGACAAAAACAUUCAUUUUAAUGUUCUGUAGCACGGGUUUUUUUUAUACCAUAAUGCAAAUUCGUUUGAAAUCAGCUAAAAUCAAAAGCUUUCUGUGUCGAAAUUUUAAUCUCUGCGUCUACCAUAAGUAGUAAAAAAUUAGACAUGGGGGUUGAUGUUCAGCUGAAUUGGCUUUAAUAGGAAUGAUGGUGUUGCUCUCUUAUUAAAGUCAGUGGAGAGGUAGCCUCCGUACUAGAGGACGGUUCAAGUCGGCUCCUUAGAGGCUGUUAAAAGCCUAUUAUCUAAGAAUAUAAUGUUCAUCUGCGUCAUUAUGGCCAAUGCCCAAGUGUGGUUUGACGACCUUCAGCAGAUUUUGAUUUAAAAAUUAAUUUCAAACCAGGGACAACUGAGCAGAAAGAAGUCCUUAUGGGAUAUGGUGGACACCAUGGGACUUUAUUUCAGAACAGACAUGUACGGAAGACAAAUGUUUAAAUUGUGCCAUGAAUUACACACAUGAUGUUUGUUAAUUUAAGAGAUAAUUUUGGCCAGAAAGACAUAAAAAAGAGAGAGAUAAAAAGAAAUACCAGCGAGUUUCUCUGUAGCUGCUUAGUAUGAAUGUUGAAUGCUCCAACAUGUCCGUCCUCUUGGCACAUUUUUCCACCUUCUACCAAAAGAUAGAAAAAUCUUUGAAAAGGUUAAAAUUAACACAGUCUACCUGUGUCUAUCUUCCUUGAUCUUCAGUUACUUAAAACAGCUUAAUGUCAAACUGCAACUUGCAAACUUAUCUUUUAAGUUGACAAACAUCAAAUGCGUCAUUCAUGGUACGAUUCGGACUGGACUAAAAAAAUAAAUACAAAUUGUGACGUGCUUUGUCUUCCGUACAUAUUUAUUUUUCAAAAUAAAGUACCAUUGAUGUCCACUAUUAGAGAGUAGGACACUGUCUUUCUAUGUAAAUUCUAUCAUGUAAAAUGGCCCAAACUGUUCAAAUUCUGGCAUAAAAUUAGGAACUAAGCAGUCACAAUAAUACAAACUAAUCUGAUAGGGCUUUUAGAGAAAGGCGUCUGAAAUCAUUGUAUGUCCCCCUGGUAAAGAUGUUUUUGAAUCUGCACAAUUAGAGGUUUAACAGACGUAACUUCCAAGGCAGUGGUGGUGGUGACAAUAGUAACAGUGGCGGUUGAAAUGACUGUAAGCUCAAAUGGUGGUGAUGGUGAUUUUGCUGGUAGUGAAAGUUAAAAAAUGACAGAAGUGUAAUGGAGUUAGUUUGGAUCCGAUGCUUUUUGACACCCUUUCCCGUUUGCUCUUUUUCAUUUCUCAGUGCUAACGCGACAUAUCUGGUACAAGCAUCUUGUCUUUUUCUCUGGGAAUGGCUUUUCUGGAUUUCCAUAAACAUAUUACGAAAAGGUUACUUUGUAAGGUUUGUACAAAACAAAACGUCACAUUUCUUAGAUUUUUUUUAUUUUAUUUUAUUUUUUCACUUCUCACAGUGAGUAAUGCAGCAUUUUACUACUAGGCAAGUUUGGUUGAAGCUGUGAAUAAUCAUUGAGACACUUUGCUUUAGUUAUGAGCAGUACAUCAAACUCCUCCCCGAUGCCACAACUCGUUGCCAUUUGAUUUGUUGUCAGUGAAGUAGGAGACAUUUAAAAUAGUAUAUUUACCUGCUUGUACUCACUUUGGAUUUUCACUUUGCAGCCGCACAGUCCUCAAACAGUUUCCACAUUUGAAGUUUGCUGUGUCUCUAUUUAAUACAGUAUAAGAAAGGCCUACUGUUCAGUGGCUGCAAAGUGAUCGUCUACUAUCAAGCACUGAGCUCACAGUUGCUGAGUUUUUCUUUUUUUUUCUUUUUAUUAUUAUUUUUUUAAAGACAUCAGUGAAGUUUGAGCGCUGUAGUGGAGGAAUCUUACUGUGAAAGGCUGGACACGCUCUUAUUGUGAAGUAGGAUUCUGUUUCUGGUGACACACUUGCAGUGCAGCGGUAGCAUUAUUAGAGAGCUGAGCUUCUGUUGGUGUUUCUGCUCGUUCAGGAUUCGCUUUACCCUUUACGCUUUUUACUGUAGAAGUGCCCACGUGUUAAACAAAUGCCUUUUUAAGUGCACCAACGGGUAACACCUGCUAACAGAUACAGACUCAGUGCAUCUCCUUGCUGUUUCAUGUAGCUUGCUCCUGUGCAAUGACGUCCCCCCCCCCCUCCUCACCCCACCCCACCUCACCUCUCCCACCCCCGAGCACAGCGCCGGUUUCUCGGGCUGUUGCCACUUUCUCCCCCCCCCCCCCCCCCCUCCGACGUUGUUCUCACAUUUUAUUUUUUAGCUGUCACUCGUUUUACGUUCCGUUUUAAAUGUCUCUAGCAGCACCUAAUUUAAUUCAAUCUUUUCUCUGUAUCGUGGUUGACAUUGUACAAAAGUGGUUGGAUUUAAAAAAAAAAAAAAAAAGAAAGAAAGAAAGAAAUAUAUAUAUGGAUGAAUGAAUGAACGGGGAAAAGAAAUACACGUAAGGAGUCAUCGGCAGCCUUUAACGGUAUGUUUUGCACUAAGUAGAGAGUGUUCAAGCUUCAUAUUAAAAACAAAACUUUGCGCUUUGCGCUACAAUACAAUGAAAUUUGUUACUUUAUUUGUAAAAACUUAAUAAAUAAAAGUUGUUUAAAUGAA